AUUAUUAUGGUCAUUAUGAAUCACCAUCAUCCGCGCGGGGAAUCGUUAAAGGAGACAUCCCAUCUGCUUUGCACUUGCAGGCCCUUCUUCAACAUUUUUAUUGUACUUUGCAUUAAUAUCGAUCAGCAUCUGCAGAAAAAUCGAGUCCGAAUCUUUCCUCGACUUCAGGGUAUUGGUUUUCGAUCUCUGUGAAUUUGUGAUUCAGUUUCUUCUGGGGCUGGGCAAGAAGAUAACCAAUGUUAGGGGAAGUACAAUUGGAGUCAUCAAUUGGCCAAACCCCUAGUGACUCUGAUCCUCUGCUAGAGAAUCAGCCCGAUUCAUCCCAUGAAACCUCUGAUGAAAUUAAGAACGAGGAUACUGAAGCUGGUUCCAUUCCUUGUUGUCGUAUUUGCCUAGAGAACGAUGCCGAACCAGAAGAUGAACUGAUUUCUCCAUGCAUGUGCAAAGGCACACAGCAGUUUGUCCAUCGAUCUUGUCUUGAUCAUUGGCGCUCCGUUAAGGAAGGGUUUGCUUUCUCGCAUUGCACAACAUGCAAAGCUCAAUUUCACCUGCAAGUUUCCUUAUUUGAGGACAACUCUUGGCGUAAAGUUAAAUUCAGGCUUUUUGUGGCAAGAGAUGUCCUCCUCGUAUUUCUAGCUGUACAAACUUUAAUAGCGGCAAUGGGUGGUUAUGCAUAUAUUAUGGACAAAGACGGGGCAUUCAGGAAUUCUUUCAAUGAUGGAUGGGACCGUAUUCUGUCCAAACAUCCUAUUCCGUUUUAUUACUGUAUCGGGGUCCUGGCCUUCUUUGUUCUGCUCGGAUUCUUCGGCCUCAUACUACAUUGUUCCUCCCUGAAUAGUAAUGAUCCACGAGUUGCUGGAUGUCACAACUGUUGCUAUGGAUGGGGCAUCUUGGAUUGUUUCCCUGCGUCUAUGGAGGCCUGCUUUGCACUUGUUAUUGUCUUCGUUGUUAUCUUUGUAAUCCUUGGCAUAGCUUAUGGUUUCCUUGCUGCCACUAUGGGUAUUCAAAGAAUCUGGCAAAGGCAUUACCACAUUCUCACCAAAAGGGAGCUGACUAAAGAAUACGUGGUGGAGGAUCUUCAUGGUUGUUAUACUCCUCCAAAAUUGGAACCAGAACACGAACAGCACUUGAAAAUGCUACAGCUUCUGUAAUGAAUGGCAGAUGAGGUUGUUCAGUUUCUGUCAUUUUGUUUAUUAUGUUCUUUUGUUUGAGAUGAUACAAUGUGCAUCUGCUUGACACCGUUGUUAUGAAUGAGCAAUGUGGAAAAUAGAUUUUAACUCAUUUGUCA